AUGUCCUGCUCUUCUCCUGCACUUGCUCGUGUGUCUUUUUUUUGUUCGUGGAGCUUGUUCAUCGCUCCUAGUCCCGGCGCUGAGAUAGCUGCGCGUCUCGCGGGUCGCGGGGGUGUAGAAAUUUUUUUACGCGCGGCUCUCUCUGCUUUUGCAUAUCCAAAUCGUGCAGAGGCACACGAGCGAGUCGAGAUGGACGGCACCUCGCAUUUCACUCGCAUCAAGGACACCCCCGAGACACUGAACCCCAUUACAGGGCGGAGCAUUUAUUACGGAAUGCGACCGUGGCGCUGCGAUGAUCGAUUUCAGGACUGGCUAAAGUCGUUCACGUGCUUCGAUUCAGUUAGUGUGCAAUACAACCUGCUGAAGCUGUUUGUUCAAUGCGCCCGCUCCGAAGAAGGACAGGAGCCGAUCGACAAUUACCAUCGACUGGGCCGAGCAGAGGUUAUGUAUUACGUCGAGCGCUAUCGCAGCGGUAUGAUGCGGACGGGGGUACUGGAGACUUACCCUUAUGACCAAAAUGAACUGCGGCGGAUCGCAGAAGAGGAUGGGCUGAAAAUGCGGGUGUGGCGUCACCAGCGGGAGCUCGAGAUGGAGGCGAAGGAGGGCAAGAUCGAUGAGGUAAUGCACAUGAACGUCAUGCGACGAGGCAAGCCCUGA